GGUUGAACCGGAUGUACUCACACUGACCCGGAAGUUUACCAUAUCCCAUCCAACGCUGCGAAGCUAUGGCAGGGGACGCAUCAACGGAGCUUCUUUUUCUUGAAACGUUUAAGCACCAGAGUGCGGAGUUAACCAACGUGGACGUGGUGCGGUUUCCUUGCGGGGUUCUGGUCACAGAGGUGCGGGUCAUCCCUCCAGGAAUUAAAGCUCACAGUAACUUACCUGACAGCAGAGCAUUUGGCGAGACGUCUCCUCAUGCUUUUCAGUUGGAGCUGUUUUUCAAUAAUGUCGCCAAGCCCAACAGCCCCACCUUCCACAGACUGGGCAGUCUGGAGUACGAUGAGAACAAGUCCAUUGUGUUCAGACCCAGUGGGAAGGUGAACACAGAUGGGCUGGUGCUGCGCGGCUGGUACACCAGUCUGACUUUGGCUGUUUACGGAACCGCCGAGCGCCCUCAUGGCCAUGGCCGGGAUUCUCCUCCUCCUCCUCCUCCUCCCCCGCCUCCGCAACAGCCAAGUGGGCUCAAGAGGAUCAUCAAAGAAUGGGAAAAAGAUGACCAGUAUAAUGGCAGCCCACCCAGACCAGCGCCCAGAGGGCCUCGGACCCCGCCUGGACCUCCUCCCCCAGAUGACGACGAGGAGGAGCAAGUUCCAGCGGCAGUGGGUUUAAUCAAAGAGGAGCCGGGUCGGGACGGGUACCUGGAAGCCGUGUCUCCUGAAAGAUCGCUGCCCGCUGAUGAGGCAUUCUCAGACGGCGACGCCGAGGAAGAGGGUGAAGAAGAAGAAGACGAGAUGCGCGAGGAGGAGGAAGAUGCACGGACGGAAGGGAGCGCCCAGGAGGAGGAGGAUGAAGAGGAGGAAGACGAGGGUGAUGAUGGGUACGAGCAGAUUUCCAGCGAUGAGGACGACUUGGACAACGGGAGCUUCAAGCUGCCCACCUUCGACAUAGACUACACCCCCGAGGAUCUUGCCUCAGUCCCACCUGUCCAGUUUGAUCCGUAUGAGCGAGAACUCAAACCCCUGGUCUAUUUCACUCCUCCGUAUAAGACUCGCUUUGAUACCCAGCUGGAGAAGACCACCGUGGAGGAGCCCAGAGAUGCCGGUGGAACAGAAGGCCCAGCAGAGGGAGAGGAAGGUGAAGCUGUCGCUCAGCUAAAGGAACUUCUCUCUGGUGUGGGUGAGGACAGAGAUGCUCGCUGGGUUACUGCUCUGGAGGAUGCACCUGGACUGCUGAACAAAGGUUUGGCGUACCUAAUUAAACAAGGACAGGCGGAGGUGGAGGAACCCAUCAGAGACUUAGUUAGGUGGACGCUCCAAGCUCUGAGCAUGGAGGUUGCUCUUACGCAACCCAUCGCCCUUAACCUGAGACAAUUAAAAGCUGGUGCAAAGUUGGCCUCGUGCCUAGCCGAGUGUCCACCGGGCCUCACGGAGCUGCUGCACCAAGGGGCUCUGAACGUGCUGCUGGAGCUGCUCCACGCUGAUCACGUUUCCUCCACUUUGAAGCUGAGCAUCCUCAGAGCUUUGGACGCUCUCAUCAGCGCUCCAGCAGGGUGUGAAGCCUUCCUGCUCGCCAGAGAUGCGGAGAAGAGCGGCUAUCAGCGUUUAGUCCAGCUGUUCCUGCGUGAAGAGACAGUCAGAGUUAUAACGGCCGGUAACGCCAUACUACAGAAAAGCCACAUGUACGAAGUGCUGACGGCCCUACAACACGCAGCAACAGCGUGGAGCGAGCCGCACCAGGAGGAGGUGGAGGAGACCGAAGGUGCUAUGGAAGAGGAGCCGUCACUAAGCUCCACCCCUGUGAGUGAAGCUGAGCUUGAUAGGCUUGCUGAGGUUUUAGAGGAGCUUCAUCACCUUCUGGAGACUGCUCCUCACUGCAUGGUCCAGCCUCCUGGAAAAGCCUUCCCCACCACCGUCAGAAUAACAGGACCACAGGAGAGGGACAACCCUUACCCAGCGCUGUUCAGAUAUAUGCACUCGUGCCACUUCUUGGAGAGCACUACAGUUGUGCUGUCAGCAGCAGCUGCAGCCGGCCAUCUUAGUGUCACCCAAGCUGUCAAAGACCUCCUUCGCUUCCUGUCGGUCACCCAGUCCGGUCUGCUCUUCCUCUUGGCUCAGGCCACACCCAGCAACCUCCUGCUGCGUCUCCUGGCCUCCAUGCCGGAGUCUGAGGGCGACGAGAGCGCGCUAACGGGAGGAGAAGGAGGCCUCACAGGGCCUGGGUUUGGGGAGGAGGGGUUUUGUGUCUGGUUAAUGCAGGCGCUGCACUCUCUGCAGAGUGUGUCAGAGCUCAUGAGCCACGUGGCAGCAGGAGGAGACGGUGGUGCGGGGCUCGAAGAAGGGGACAACUCAGAAGUUCUGGGCAUGCUCCACGCGCUUUACCUUAUGACUUUCACACAGACGGGGCGCAGCGCUGUGGCUCACGUUUUGAGUUUGGAGAACAACCUGUCCUGUCUGGUCACUCUGCUCCAGCAUCACAGCAAGGAAGGACAGGGUGAGGCCAAAUCUCGCAAAGCAGUGACUUAUAACUAUGCUUGUAUGCUGCUCUUAAUGGUGGUCCAGACCUCUAAUGAGCUGAGGAUGAUGGAGCAACACGCUGCUCCGCUGCUCUCUGUUGCAAAGGCAGACGACACUAAUGCAAAACUGCAGGAGCUCAGCAAGUGGCUGGAGCCUCUGGAGAAACUUCGUUUUGAGAUCAGCAGCAUCCCCACCCUCAUUGGCUACAUCAAGCAGAAUGUGGAGAAUGUGUUGAACGCUGAGGGAACUGGACUUGUCACGGCUCUGAGGGUCCUCUGUCACAUCGCCUGUCCACCUCCUGCCGUUGACGGUCAGCAGAGAGACCUGAAGUGGAGUCUUGCCGGUGUGCAGCUGUUCUCUGGGGAGGGUCUGGAUACGUGCGUGCGUGUCCUGCAGAAGCUCUGCAGCGUGCUGCUGCAGCCGUGGCGCGCGCACGGACACAUGGGCCCGACCCCGCAGCGCUGCAUGAUUCUCAACAUAUGUAUCAACACCCUCAGGCUGCUGCGCACCAUGCUGACAGAGCUGCUCUGCGGUGGCGCCUUCCAGUUCAGGGACACGCGUGUUGCCAGCGUUUUGGUGACGCUCCACAUGAUGGUGUGUUCCAUUCCUGCGUCAGGGCGUCUGGACGGGGAGGAGACCAGAGUGCAGGCGCUCAUCGUGGACGUGUUGCUCACCUUCACUCAGGGUGUCAGCGCAGAGGUCACUCACACAGAGGAGACGUUAGCCAGUAACACGUGGUCCCUGAUGCUAAAGGAGGUUUUAGGCUGUCUUCUGAAAGCCCCUGAAGGUCUGUUCUCAGGCCUGACGCUGCUGUCGGAGCUCCUGCCUCUUCCACUGCCGAUGCAAAGCACUCAGGUGUUAUCAGUCCAGGAUGUAGCUAUAGCCUUAAACACCAGGAAGCUGUGGAGCAUGCACAUCCGAUCUCAGUGGAAAGUGCUUUUCGAAGUGCUCAGAUGUGUGUGUGCCACCAGCUGCCCCCCCCUCCUCACCAUGCUGAGGAGAGUGUGUGUUCAGCUGGCGGACUUGUCUUCAACCACGGCGACGCUCGUCAUGAAGACCGUGUUGGAGCUGCUGCUGGAGGAGCUGCAGCCGGCGGAGGGGAAGAGCGUGGGCUGGGGCCAGGUCCUGCGUCUGCUGUCUUUGGUGGAUGCUCUGGUGUCACAGAGGGCUUGUAAGAGCACCACGCUACAGCUGCUGUCGGGCAUCGUGUCCGGAGACGAACAGCUGGCAGAUGUGUUCCCCUUGCUUCUGUCUCUGCUCGUCCCUCCGGCCGACCACUCCCUUCAGCAGCAGCAGUGCAGCGUUUUGGUGGGAACCAUACUACAGUCACUGUGUGACCAGGACAUUUCUCUGGUGGUGCCCCCGCCUGGGGAAAGCUGCGCGUCGGAGGCUGAACAGCUGACCAACGCGCUCCCGGGUCGGGAGAUGAUGUCAUCAGUGUGUAACUCUCUAUUGGAGGUUUUAGGAAACAAAGAUGGCAGCAUCCCACUCCUGCUCACCUGCAUCAGGACUCUAACAUUCCUCACCGAGCACGAUUACGGGCUCUACCACCUCAAAGUCGCUUUGAGGAAACACGGCUCAGAGCUGGGCUCGCUGCUGAAAAGGCUGGUGGUUUCUUUCAACAAGGACUCUACGGAUCUGCUUUCAGCUCUGCUCGACUUCCUCAGGCAGAUGAUCAACACGGACGCAGUGUGUGCCGAGGAGAGUCGUGGCUCCGGCGACGAGUCGGCCUGCGUUGCUCCACGUUUGCUGUCGGGGUCAGAGAUGAAAGCGCUGCUGCAGUGGGAGGACUCCGAGUCACAUCCGCUGUCUUCUUUAGAGAAGCUCAUAACGAAACUAUGCAAAGAAGACGAUUCUCUGGAGACCAUGUUGGAGAACACAGUUGUUCUGAAGCAGGCUCUGGAAGCGGCUACAGACGCUUCUCCUGCAGCAGAAACCGAGCCUGUUCUGCCAGCGCCUGAAACUCUGGUGGCUCAGUUCAACCACAGGACCGUGUUCAUUCUGUCAGAAGCGUUGGAUGAGCAGCUUAAAGCUCUGUGGUUCUCACCUUUCCAGACAGAUGACAUAGAAACAGACCUGGACCUGGUGAAGGUGGACCUGCUGGGUCUGGCUCAGGCGUGUUGUCCAGAACUAGACUUAAAAGCUGAGCUGGAGCGCUCCUUCCUGUCCGAACCGUCGUCUCCCGGUCACACCAAGGCUCCUAAAGGUUUCCGACUGGGAAAACACAAGCACGAGACAUUCAUUACAUCAAGCGGUAAGUCCGACUACAUUGAGCCAGCUAAAAGAGCCCACAUCCUUCCUGCUCCUCGAGGUCGCGGGGGUCGAGGAGGGUUCGGACAGAACCUCACACGUCCACAUGAUAUUUUCCGCCUACGAAAACAGAACACUUCCCGUCCUCCCAGCAUGCACGUGGAUGACUUCGUUGCAGCGGAGUUUAAGGACAUUCCCAACCCUCUUGGAAUCAUGCCCCCCAAACGUCUCCCAAAAAGCACCCCCAAACCCCCGACCAGAGGUCUGUUCACGGGGAACCGAGGCAGGGCAGCUUUUCACAGCCAGACUCGCUUUUUCACUCCACCACAACCUAAAGGUGUUCUCCUGUCAGGUAACUAUACUCGGAGAGAUGUCGGCCGUGGGUCAUCGUGGAGCGGUCAAGUUCCGACUCUCACUCACAGAGGAACCUACAGUGAACCCCGCGGAGGCCAGAGCAACUUCACCCGAGGCCCUCUGCCCUCCAGACAACCUCCUGCCAGCGCUUAUCGAUUAGCCAUCAGAGAUCGAGCUCCGCGGGGCCGGGGAGGCGCAGGGCUGUCCUGGCUCAGCGGGGGAGGAGGUGCCGGCAGUGCUGGAGGAGGAGGAGGAGGAGGAGGAAGAGGAUCUCAGGGGAGCAAAUUCAGUGGUGGGGGAGGAAGUGGAGGUGGGAGGGGGAGACAUGUGCGCUCUUUCACCAGGUAAACUCACCUGGAAAAUGACUGCAGCCUCUCAUGGCUACAUAUGGACCAAUCAGGAUUCAUGUUUGCUGUUUCCAUGGAAACAUGGUGUAAUGAUGUUGUCUCAAUGAGUGGUAAUGUAUUUUUGUUAUAAGCUGAAACCAUAGAAUAAAUGUAGUUGUUAAAGAGUGAAUGUUUGGAAGCCAAAAACCAGCAUUGUUAGUAAAAACAUUUUUUGGGGGGCAAUAAAGGAGAAUCGGGUCUGAAAUAUUUAUUACAUUUAGUGCAGAAAACCUCUUUUUUGUUUAGAUUUGGCCUUUUUAAAGGGAAAAUACAGAUAGGACACAAGUUUGGACCUCCUGGCUUUGUGGAACAUUACAAACAAAUCAAUUUGUUUUUUUUGGUUUUCAGAUCAAGUUCAGGGCAAAAAAAAAGAAAACAACAGAAAAAGUUAUCAAAUAAAAUCUUUCAAUAAGGAAAUUUA